AUGGGUUUGCCACAAGUUUCCUCUACUGAUAGUGCCAAUGAAGUUGCAGCAGCAUCGUUGGGCUCAUUUUUGCAAAGCCCACCUCGAUAUGCUGGCAUGAGAACCUGUGAUUUGGAUGGAGGAAGUAUUGGCCGAACAGUUGGGCAUACUAGGACUUCCUCUUUAGGAGAUUUCCAGGAGAAAUCCUCCUUGGAUCUUUCGAAAUAUUCAGACAAUUCAUUUGGAUUUGGAGGGCAAGUGGACGUUGCUUCCAAUUUUCAUGGGUUGAAAACUGGUUCUGUGGAUAAAGUUGGUUGUUGUACUCCUAAAAGCGGGAGGAAUAUUCCAAACCCUGCUUCUAGGAUUGUGGGUUUUGAAUCGCAUGGAACAAGUUCUUCAAAAACUGAAUUUGAGGUUCUUUCUGCUGAUCAUGUGCGUUGUGCUGCUAUUGACGGUGUCACAAUUAAUGAGGCUGAGUCGAGUGGAUCACUUGUCAGGAAGCGGUUACCGUCAUCUCCUUUAAAUGAUAUGCUUUCAGCAAAACAAUUUAAUGGCAAGUCUUUGGAUAUCAGCUGCAAUGCUUCUCGGAUGAAUUGCCCUACUCUUGCUGAUAAUUUUAAAGGCCCUGCAUCGCAUGACUACAAGAAACCAAAUGUUGGCAGAAAACUUAAUAUCAGUGUGUUAUCUCGAUCCUUAUCUGGCUACUGGGAACAAAAGAAUGUGCCAUGUGACAAUAGUGCAGGAGGAUCUGUUCGUUUAACUGAUGGUCCGUUACUGGAAAAUAAUGAUGCACUCACUCGCACUAAUUGUUUUUUUUCUUCUGGACACAAUCAUUAUCAACAAUCUAAGAUAUCCUCCCAAAAGGGAUUUUCAUCUUCACUCUCUUUGUCUCCUCUAGGUCCAAAGUCUUGGGUGAGUAUGAAAGCUGUAGAAGGACGCAGAAAGGUCAAGGGCCAAUUUGAGGAUUACUAUUUGAAUUUAGAAAAUGUAGGACAUUCAUUUGACAGAAAUGACUCAGGUAUUAACUUUUCUUCUGAAGAAGCAGAGUUCAGGAUCUCAAGCAGAUCAUUUGAAGAUAUUGGUUUCUGCAAAGAGUUUUGUCCAUCUUCAUUGGAAGGCACUGCUGACUCAGGUUGGUCGUCUUUCUGUCGAGGAGCAGCUCCAGCCCAACGCAUAAGGCACUUGAGAAGUUUGAGUGGUCUUCCAGUUAGGAGGUCCUUGGUUGGUUCAUUCGAGGAGUCACUAUUGUCUGGACGGUUCUUUUGUGGAAAAUUUUCUCAGAGAAUUGAUGGCUUCCUGGCUGUAUUAAGCAUUACUGGAGGGAACUUUUCACCGCAGUCACAGAAGCUUCCAUUUUCAGUGACCAGUGUAGAUGGGAAUUGCUAUCUACUGUAUUGUGCAUCCAUAGAUCUUGGUAGAAAUUCGUCAUCAAACAAGUGUAGGGGACAAAAGUUUAAAAGAUGCCUAAGUCAUGAUGAUUCUCAAAUUGUCGGGAGUCGUUUGCGUGUACCCAUGAAAGGUCGAAUACAACUGGUUAUCAGCAAUCCAGAGAAAACUCCACUUCACACAUUCUUUUGCAACUAUGAUUUGAGUGAUAUGCCUGCUGGUACCAAAACAUUCUUGCGCCAGAAGGUCUCUUUGGCUUCUUCUGGACCAACUUCGACAGAAUUGAAACAAGGGCAGAUAGGUUUGGACACAAAAGUGAAAGAAAAAGUGUCUCCGAUAUCACAGAAAAGCUAUCCUGUAUACCCAGCAACUUCUGUUGGUCAGAAAAGUAAAAUUGAAGGAAGUGAAUCCUGUGAAAUGGUGGAUAUGGUUGAUGCAAAGAAUUUCCCCAGGCAGUCUCAAAAUAUAGAAAAGGUGACUCCUGUAUACCCAGCAACUUCGGUUGCUCAGAAAAGUAAAAUUGAAGGAAGUGAAUCCUGUGAAAUGGCGGAUACGGUUGAUGCAAGGAAUUUUCCCAAGCAGUCUCAAAAUGUAGAAAAGGUGACUGUGGACUCUUUGAUGCUUGAGACCAACUGCAGUAAUGCCAAAUGCCAGAGGACUGUGGGGAAGGAGUAUGCUGGGGUGGAAACAUGCAAUGAAACUGACAGAAAACCAAAUCAUUGUUGUUCAAAGAUAAAUGAAACUACUCGUGGUGGUGGUGCUCUCCGUUAUGCACUUCAUCUCCGUUUUCUAUGCCCUUCACCGAAAAAAUCAUCUAAAUCAGUUCAGAAAUGUGCAUCUGAUCAUAUAGCUAUACCACAAAGGACGAGCUUAGGUGUAGAAGGGGAGCGUAGGUUCUAUUUAUACAAUGACUUGAGAGUUGUGUUCCCUCAACGCCAUUCAGAUGCUGAUGAGGGCAAGUCUCUGAUCAGACCUCACCGUGGUCUACUUGACGUGGCCCUUAAUAGCUGGAAAGCGAAUAAUAUCGAUCGCUCCUGA